UACAGAUUGUACUUAUUCUAUACAUAUUUUUAUGUUUUAAGGAGGAGGGCCACCAGUUAUCAAAAUUUAACCCCCCUCCAAGAGAGGCUUUAUGCAAUUUUGGGCCGGGAUGUGGGUGAACAAUUACCAGGGGUUCGUCAUAACCCGUUAACUCACAUUGAAAAUGGAGGUGGUAAUGGCACUUCAUAUUAUGAUGUUGGCGUGAGUGUUGUUGUUGAUGAAAUGCCACAAGAUGAUCCUGGAUCUCCUCAAAUUGAGUUUAUUGAUUUUGAGCAUUGCCCUGGGCCCUCAGGCUCUCAGCUUCGUGAGCCUUUGGUGCCAACAGACCAGUCUGACCAUACAGCCUCUCAGGCUUUAAGAGAGUCUGUGGAGCAUAGAGUCCAAAGCCAACAUUAUCAGUCUGCAAGCUCUCAGGCUAGACAGAUCUCUGAGCAGUCUGUGGAGCGUAGAGUCCAAAGCCAACAAUCUCAGCCUGCAAGCUCUCAGGCUAGACAGAUCUCUGAGCAGUCUGUGGAGCGUAGAGUCCAAAGCCAACAAUCUCAGCCUGCAAGCUCUCAGGCUAGACAGAUCUCUGAGCAGUCUGUUCCGCGGCGACGUCGUCGUCGGCGUCAAGAAAUUACUGAACCAGAAGAUCCGUCUUUGCGAAGGGCAACGGAGAGAUUGGAGGCCUUGGAGCAUGCAAGUGCGCAAGCCACUCGAGAGCACGCACAAGCCACAAAUAGGCUAGCCGCAGCGCUCGAGGCCUUAGGGGACAGGCUGAAAAAUCCCUUUAAAAUUAUAUUAGAGGAUCAACCGCAAAUGGAACACCGUGUCAAAAGGAGAAGAAUAAUAAUUGAUUCUGAUAGUGAAUAAUGUUUAGUUUUUAGGUAUUUAACUAUUAAUUUUUAUUUAU